AUGUCUGUGGAAGGCUCCACCAUAACCAGUCGUAUCAAGAACCUGCUCAGGUCUCCAUCCAUAAAACUGCGUAGGAGCAAGGCCGGUAACCGGAGGGAGGACAUCAGCACCAAGGUAACCUUGGAGAAGGUGCUGGGAAUAACAGUAUCUGGAGGAAGAGGACUGGCUUGUGACCCCCGGUCAGGUCUGGUUGCAUACCCAGCUGGAUGUGUAGUUGUUUUAUUCAAUCCCCGGAAGCACAAACAGCACCAUAUCCUCAACAGUUCCAGGAAAACUAUUACUGCUCUUGCCUUUUCCCCAGAUGGCAAGUACCUCGUCACGGGAGAGAGUGGCCAUAUGCCUGCUGUGCGAGUGUGGGAUGUAGCUGAGCGUCACCAGGUGGCAGAACUACAAGAGCAUAAGUAUGGUGUCGCCUGUGUGGCCUUUUCCCCGAGCGCAAAGUAUAUCGUUUCUGUCGGCUAUCAGCAUGACAUGAUUGUCAAUGUCUGGUCCUGGAAGAAAAAUAUUGUGGUAGCUUCCAACAAAGUUUCGAGUCGAGUGAUGGCUGUGUCCUUUUCUGAGGAUUGCAGCUAUUUUGUUACCGCUGGCAAUCGGCACAUCAAAUUCUGGUACCUGGAUGACAGUAAGACUUCUAAGGUAAACACCACAGUGCCCCUGUUGGGCCGCUCAGGGCUGUUGGGGGAGCUUCGGAACAAUCUUUUUACUGAUGUGGCAUGUGGCCGAGGAAAGAAAGCAGACAGCACUUUCUGCAUCACCUCUUCUGGACUGCUAUGUGAAUUUAGUGACCGGAGGCUAUUGGACAAAUGGGUGGAACUUCGGAAUACAGACAGCUUCACAACUACAGUGGCCCACUGCAUCUCAGUGAGCCAAGACUACAUCUUCUGUGGCUGUGCUGAUGGAACUGUGCGUCUCUUCAACCCCUCGAAUCUUCACUUCCUCAGUACACUGCCUAGGCCCCAUGCCCUGGGGACUGACAUUGCCAGCAUCACUGAGGCUAGCCGCCUUUUCACUGGUACAGCUGAUGCCAAGUACCCAGACACCAUCGCCCUGACCUUUGAUCCCACUAACCAGUGGCUGUCCUGUGUAUACAACGACCAUAGCCUCUAUGUAUGGGAUGUAAGGGACCCCAAGAAAGUAGGCAAGGUGUAUUCAGCCCUUUACCAUUCUUCCUGUGUCUGGAGUGUGGAGGUAUAUCCUGAGGUAAAGGACAGUAACCAAGCCUGCUUGCCACCCAGCUCCUUUAUCACCUGCUCCUCAGACAAUACCAUUCGCCUGUGGAACACUGAGAGUGCUGGUGUCCAUGGUUCUGCACUGCACCGAAACAUCCUCAGUAAUGAUCUGAUAAAGAUAAUCUAUGUGGAUGGGAACACUCAGGCCUUGCUGGACACGGAGCUGCCAGGGAGUGGAGAUAAAACUGAUGGGUCAUUGGUAGAUACUCGUGUAGGAAUCCGUUCUGUUUGCAUCAGCCCCAAUGGACAGCACUUGGCAUCGGGGGACCGGGUAGGCACACUAAGGGUACAUGAGCUGCAGUCCCUGAGUGAGAUGCUGCGGGUUGAGGCCCAUGAUUCAGAGAUUCUGUGCCUGGAGUAUUCCAAGCCAGAUACAGGUCUAAAACUGCUCGCCUCAGCAAGCCGAGACCGUCUGAUCCAUGUGCUGGAUGCUGAGCGAGAAUAUAGUUUGCAGCAAACAUUAGAUGAACAUUCUUCUUCCAUCACUUCAGUCAAGUUUGCAGCAAGUGAUGGACAGGUCCGCAUGAUAAGCUGUGGAGCAGACAAGAGCAUCUACUUCCGUACUGCACAGAAGUCUGGAGAUGGGGUGCAGUUUACACGGACACACCAUGUGGUGCGAAAGACAACCCUAUAUGACAUGGAUGUGGAACCCAGCUGGAAGUACACCGCCAUUGGCUGCCAAGACAGAAAUAUUAGGAUCUUUAAUAUUAGCAGUGGGAAGCAGAAGAAACUCUACAAAGGGUCCCAGGGUGAGGAUGGGACUCUCAUCAAGGUUCAGACAGACCCCUCAGGCAUCUACAUUGCUACCAGCUGUUCAGACAAGAACCUUUCCAUUUUUGAUUUCUCCUCAGGAGAGUGUGUGGCUACCAUGUAUGGCCAUUCAGAAAUCGUCACUGGCAUGAAGUUCAGCAAUGACUGCAAACAUCUCAUCUCUGUAUCAGGAGACAGUUGCAUCUUCGUAUGGCGCUUGAGCUCUGAGAUGACUAUCAGUAUGCGACAACGUUUGGCUGAGCUUCGGCAACGCCAGCGAGGGGGCAAACAGCAGGGACCGUCACCGCCUCGAAGGACCUCUGGGCUUAACAGUCGAGAUGCCCCUACAGUACUUUCUGCAGUACCAGCCCUUUCUUCAGAUAGUGACAAAGAUGGGGAAGAUGAGGGCACUGAGGAGGAAGAACUGCCAGCCCUGCCCAUUCUUGCCAAGGGCACCAAGAAAGAGCCAGCUUCGGUCCGAGGUCCAUCCUUACCCAGAAGUCUGUCCCACUGGGAAAUGAGUCGAACUCAAGAGGGAGUAGAAUUCCUGGACCCAGCACCUGCCAGCAGUCAAGGUCCCCGAAGACGAGGACGAUGGGCCCAGCCAGGUGUAGAGCUAAGUGUCCGCUCCAUGUUGGACCUUCGACAGUUGGAGACAUUGUCCUCAGCACCUCGACCACCCAGCCAGGAUUCUUUAGCCCAGGAGUCAGUAGCUCAGGACCAGCCUGUCCUUGAGAAAAAUAGCCAACGGCCCACUGUGGAUGCCCAUUCUAGCCAAAAUGGCAGUAUUCCCAAGUCACUGAUUUCUAAGCCUUGUGCCUGUUCCCAAGUUAUCCAGCUAAUUUCUCAGGAAGAGGAGGGGGUCUUUGCUCAAGAGAUGGAGCCAAUGAACAAUGAAGAUGGCGUGGUCUACCCAGAGCCAGGCAAUUGCCCUCCCCUUGAUUCCAGUGAGUUCCAGGUACAGGCCCUUCCCCAUGGUCCACUGGGUAGAGUGUACCCAGUUAGCAGAAGCACAGAGAAACACAGUCCUGAUAGUGCCUGCUCUGUGGAUUAUAGCAGCAGCCGUCUUUCUAGUCCAGACCAUCCGAAUGAAGACUCUGAAAGUACAGAGCCCUUAAGUGUGGAUGGAAUCUCCUCAGACCUUGAAGAACCAGCUGAGGGCGAAGAGGAGGAGGAAGAAGAGGAAGAUGGAGGAACUGGCUCUGGUGGGCUACAGGGAGGCAGCCCCCGUACUCCUGACCAGGAACAGUUCCUCAGACGGCACUUUGAGACACUAGCCAAUGGGACUGCUCCAGGCUGGCCCCUGGAAAGGAUGGAGCCUCAAAGUAUAUCCUCCCGUUUCCUGUCCCAGGUGCAGACUCCUAUAGUCAGGGAGCUGCCCCUUUCUUUCUCAAGACCAGUAGCACAACAGAGACCCAUCAGGGUGUUCCAGGACCUGAAUGAGAAGCCUCGCAGUGGAGCCAUCUGCCUCCCUGGCAUCCCACCGGAGGCAGAACCAGUUUCUGGUGGCUCUAACCCCCAGCAUGUGACCUCUGUACUCCGACGGCGUCGCCUAAACCUGGAUGGCAACUGGACACACAAGAAAACUGCCUUCUCUGGCUCUGGCAGCAGCCUUCAGAAAGCCCAGUCAGUGCAAAACCUAGUGCCACAAGAUGAGCCACCUCUGCCUGGCCCAGGACCCCUACAGGAGAAUGACGUCCAAGAAGGCCUGGGCUCUCUAACCCAGGGGGAUGGUCGCCCAACUCGGCCCCGCUCUUACCUGAACCCCACCACCAGCUCUAUGGCUAAAAUGUCUCGUAGCACCUCUGUGGGGGAGAACCUAGGCCAGGGGGAAUUGGCUGAAACUCAGGUCCCUAACCCCAUCAGGAUCACAUCCAUCAACAAGCUGGCCCUGCCAAAUCGGGCUCAUCUUGUGCUGGACAUUCCCAAGCCCCUGCCUGACAGGCCCAGCCUAGCUUCUUUCUCUCCUGGGGCAAAGGGCCGGGCCCUUUGCGAAACUCAACAGCUUGGCUCUCCAGAGAGCCUGGGGAAGAAGUCUGUCACAUCAGAGGGGCAGGCCUGCCUGGGGGAGGGCACCAUUCUCACACCCCGGACAGAGUACCAGGCCCAGCCUGGUCCUAAAAGCUCCUGUUCCCAAGAACUACCAGCCAAAUGCCUCCCCCGAGGUCCUGAGAACUUGCAUCCCCCAUCCCCAGAGAAGAUCCCCAACCCCAUGGAACCUUCCAGACCCGGGGCUUCCCUGAGCCAGGACUCAGAGCCGGUGAUGAUGGUGAACAUGGAGCAGUGCCAGCAUGUUGUGGCAGAGCUUCGGAGCAGUGUACAUCAAGCCAUUAGGCUAUAUCGGCUGGUGGUCAGGACCAGGACACCUUCAGCUGAGCAAAGUCGAAUUGCCCAAUUCCUCGAUGACACUUUCUCUUCAGUGCGGCAAGAACUGGAGUCCCUGACUGGUGUGCUGACAGCUAGUCCCAGUGGGAGCCCAAGUGCCGUGGGAGCCGAACAGACACAGGCACUGUUGGAGCAAUACUCUGAGCUUCUGCUCCAGGCUGUGGAAAGACGCAUGGAACGGAGGCUCUAAGCCCCAGAGGAUCUAGCCAAAAGGAUGUUCCCCUGUCCAUCUUUCUCCUCAUGUACCUAUGUCAAAAACUUUUCACACCUGAGGGGGAGUCCCAUGCCUCAUCCCAUUUUUUUCAACUCAUUGCUUCCCAGUCCUAUUAAUUUAUUUUCCCAA